UGGAAAAUUCGCUCGUUCUCCACGGUGCCAAAGACACAGCUAAGUAAGCCAUCCCAAAGGAUGCUCCACUUUCUCCCUCAAACAGAACAAGAAUGAGCACCCCUUUGGAUAACAGCAAGCCCUUGAGCGGCACCGACUUGGUCCUCGAAACGAUGGUGAAUAGGGUUUGCAGCUCGGACGAGAAAACUGUGGAAAUCGUUGUAGGUGGAAAGAGCUUCUUUGAGACGAAAGGAAAGCUAUGUUCUUGGAGCGGGUUUUUUGAUGCUGCCAUUCAGCACGGAUGGAAAGAAGCUCGAUCCAUGCAGUUUAUGUUACCAGAUGAUGACCCAGCUGAAUGGGAGUUUAUGAUGUCCCUACUAGCAGAGCCGGCCUUGUGCCACGGUUUGAGGGGCGACAACAUUCAUAUCGCGCUCGCCUGGUUUGAUUACUUUGACAUUUCCCGUGGGCUGGAACAAUGCGACAAGUUUUUGUCUACCAAUGGCGAGUUCCACGUUCUGUCUCGUCAUCUUACGCAGAAACGAUUUCGGCGGAGUUUGACAUGCUUGGAAUUUGGUCUUCGAUACAACUUACUAGAAUGCAAGGAGAGGGGCUUUGGAUUCCUCCGUGGAUUCAUUUGUGGGACUUCCUUUGGGUUUGAAAUGAGUCUAGCAGAUAUUCGGGAGCUUGUCUUGCUUCUCAAAAAUUACAAAGAUUGCUGUGUCGCCGUAUGGCCGUUCAUUGAAAAGCAUCUGCUGAAGGACGUUUCCAGAAGCCCUCGCACCCUGCUUGGAAAUGAUCUACUCCCUGCAUUGAUGUUGACUCGGCUACAGUUGAAUGAUGCAAGGCAGAAGUGCGGCAGCGACUACGGCAAAGAAAGUGACAGCGAAGAGGAACAAGUGUUUAGUAUGCAAAUUCUCUAACAUAGGUAAAUCUCAAUAGGGAAGAAGAAAUGUUUU